GCAGGAUAUAUCUCGGUCUCGUACUGACGACUCCAUUGGCAAGAGCCUUCCUUAUCGACAUCUUACUGGUCCACUCUGGACUUCGGCAGUGAUCUUCGUCAUGUUUGCCGCCGCCACCUCGUUCUUUGCGCGCACUGCCAUCUCGCAGUCGUAUAACAUCUCCAGUUCUGGCGCUGGAAGCCGUUCCCCGACACCCGGACCCGGAGCUUCUGGCUCUCAAGCUCAAGCUUCGUCUGCAAAUAACUUCUCUCUACCCAUAACCAUUGGCCUCUGGCGCGUUCAAUCUGCCUCACACAAAGUGACGAACAAGCGUGUCAGCGUGUGGUCAUUUGACAAGCGCAGUCCUGAGAUCGAGAGACUGCGGCCGGCUGCGAAGGAAAGAACGCUAGAAGUACUCAAAGCCGAGGCCUCUGCGCUCACAAGGCUACGGCAUCCUUGUAUUUUGGAAAUGGUUGAACCACUGGAAGAGACACGGACGGAAUUGAUAUUCGCAACGGAACCUGUGUUGUCUUCAUUGGAGUUAUCUAUCCCGAGUGGAAGUCGACAUUCCCCUCUCGUGGAGUUGGACGAAGUCGAAAUCCAGAAAGGCAUCUUGCAAAUAUGCAAAGGGCUUUCAUUCUUGCACUCAUCGGCGCUGCUGAUACAUUCUAAUCUCAGUCCGGAGAGUAUAAUCAUCAAUAGCUCGGGUGACUGGAAAAUCGCUGGGCUGGGACUGACGAUUCCGCUGAUGGCAUCUGGCGGCGGGGCGACACGAUGGGAGUUUCCAACAUUUGACGGACAUGUCCCACAGUACAUUCAGCGCUCAUUCGACUACAUGGCACCGGAGUAUGCGCUGGACGAGCAACUCAUUACUGGGUCUGACAUGUACUCGCUCGGGUGCACGAUAUAUGCCGUACACUGCAAGGGCAGUCCUCCGUUCAAAAAUCAUGGUAGUCUGGGCGGGCUGCGCGAGAACGCUGGUCGUCCACCGCCGAAUAUGGAUUCCUUGGAUCCUGAUCUACAAGGUCUCUUGCGUUCGUUAAUAACGCGACACCCUGCAAGCAGACCCACUCCGACCACCCUCCCUUCGCAUGGGUUCUUCUCAUCACUGCCCAUAUCAACACUGAACUUCCUAGACCGGUCGAACUUCACCGCGAAAACCCGCGAGGAAAAGAUCUCGUUCAUGAAGGGGCUCACGAACGUCCUCGACAAAUUCUCAUCGGGUUUACGAACGCGGAAGAUCCUGCCCAGUUUGCUAGAAGAGAUGAAGGACACACAUCUGCUACCGUACAUUCUGCCAAAUGUCUUUCUGAUUGCGCAGAUCCUAUCUUCGGCCCAGUUUGCGUCACUGGUACUGCCGAGCUUAAAGCCUCUCUUUGCGGUGAAAGAGCCACCGCAGAAUAUGCUGACGUUGCUGGAGAAUCUUGAGAUGUUGCAGGAAAAGACGGAGGGGUCGGUAUUCCGGACGGAAGUGCUGCCACUGGUGUAUAACGCGCUGGAGUCGGACCACGCCGUCGUGCAGGAACGGGCGCUGAAGGCUGUGCCUCGGUUAUGCGAGAGCAUUGACUACGCCGAGGUACAGGGCGUUCUGUUCCCCAGAGUUGCGGUCUGUGUUUUCCCCGAACGUGUUUUUGGGUCCGGAGCUUAUGCGAGACACAGUUGGUCUUUACGAAAACGCGCGUUCUUACAGUGAAGGUGGCGACGCUGGAAACGUUCUUGGCUAUGGUGGGGACUCUGGACCAAUCCAGUCUGACGCAGAAGCUCGUGCCGCUGCUGUCCAAAAUCCGAACCAAAGAGCCGGCAGUGACAAUGGCGACGCUGGCUGUGCAAGAAGCCAUGGGCCUCAAAGUCGACCGGGAAGCUGUCGCUACCCUGGUCCUGCCUCAGUUGUGGGCUAUGUCCAUCGGACCCCUGCUCAGCCUGAACCAAUUUGAGCGCUUCAUGGGUGUGAUCCGGAAGCUCUCGGACCGAAUUGAACAGGAACACAAACAGUUUCUGCGCGAUUCGCAACGACUGGAGGAUCGGUCGUCGACGGGACAGACCAACGGAGCUAAUGGCGGCGGUGCGGACGGGAAUGUGGACUUCGCGAGCUUGGUGGCCAGGGCAAACGGUGCUCUUAAGCCUGACGUGACUGGGGGAAGUGCAACAGGGACGACAACAGCCACAAGCUGGGACGACGAUCCAUGGGCUACCAUGCUGGGAGAACCAAACGUGGCUACGCCUUCGAGUCCUCCACUGGCCAUGAAUUUCCCAAAGCAUCAAACACUUCAACCACCGCCACCGCCAGCCUCGCCGUUCCAACCCCCAAAGCCAUCACCGUUGAGCAUGCGAGCAUCCUCAAGUUCGUUCUCGGCUGCUCCCGUCAUACCCCGCGCUGCGCCCAUAUCCCCCCCGCAACAACCGUCGUAUAAUCUGUCCACCACCACAAAGCCGAAUUACAACAUCUCCCUCCCAUCGGUCGCACCCGUACCCGCACCCGCACCCGCACCCAGUUACUCGGCGCCUCCGUUAGCCUUUUCCUCGCCGCCAUUGACCGCAUCACCGCCGCCAUCAUUCGGCUUCUCCAACACCCCGAUGAUGGCCGCCGUUUCACCUCCUCUGAUGGGGGCCAGCUCGCCGAUGAUGGGAUCGGGCUUGCUGGCGCCAUCCAAGCCGCCAGUACCGACAUGGACAGCCCCCAAGGCAAACAACGACGGCUGGGCGGACUUUGAUCCCCUCGCGUAGCCAGUUUAGACAGCCUUAUCUAUCCGUAUUAUAUGUUUCAACCAGGACAUCUGUAAUCGCGCCGACGCCCGAGGCUGGGACAAUGCUGUCGUCCGCGUCCGAAUCUUGCUCUGGGAUGGCGGCGGCGUCGAUGAAAAUGCCGAGGAUCCCGCGGAGUACGAUGAGUGCACCCAGCUUCGAGGCAACGGAGUUUUUCUCCUUGCAUGCUGGGCUGUAGACACCUGCUGCGCGGUCAAUAGUGAUUCGCACGCACGGAAACGAAACACAUGCAUUUGGUGCAGCCUUCGUCGCAGGGACAACCUGCGAUCGUGCGCUCUGCCUUGCAAAGCAGGUCAUGCACUGAACGAAAUCAGACUGACGUAGUGAAGGAGAAACCGUAGCAAACCAUGGUCGAACGCAUUGCGGCUGACACCCUCCAGACCGACCGAAUCGUAGAAAAUCAAC